CUUCUUGCCCAUUCCAUUAUGUCGUCGCCAGUCGCGAUGGGUGCCUACGCUGUCGAGACCCCGCGUGACGAAGCGCCCAAGCCGCGGUCGCCGCGACGCUUCAAGCUCGUGGUCGGCGCGCUCCUCUUCUGCGGUGUCGUCAUGGCGGCGGUCGGUGCAUCCAUUUACGUCUUCCGCACCAAGGUGUCGACGAAUGCCGGCGACAUUGUGACCAACUUGCAGCAGUCGCCGGCGAUCCGGCUCACGCUCACGGCCAAGCGCGCGAGCAUGGCGUUCAACGGCAAGACGUCUGCGCAGAUUUAUGUCGUGCCCCGUGCGUCGUCGUCCUUUGCGUUUGACGCUAUCUUGUCCCAAGUGGGCCCGGACGUGACGCAAACCUACCUGGUCCGCGACAACCGCGCCUACUACUCGCUGCUGCACAACGACGUGGUCGUGGACGCCGGGUGCCUCGACGCGUCGCAGCUGCCGCCGAUCGAGCUCCUCGAGUCGAGUCUCUCGACCGCCAGCGUCGUCGACGCAACGACCGGCGACGUCAUUUCGGCGUCCGACUGUCCGGACGGCAAGCUCCUGCACUUGACGUUUGCCGGCGAGGCGUUUGUGUUUUGUAACUCGAAGAACAACAAGCUCACGCGCGCGUCGUCGCCCGACCUCGACAUCGCCGUCGAGUACCUUGAUAAUACCUCGAGCGUGCCGUCGAUGGACAUUCCCGCGGGCCUUUCGUGCCCGGUGGUCGUCGGGCCGUCGCAGCCAGCGCCGGCUGCCACCUUGCUGCAGACGUCGGCGGCUGUGUCGUCGGCGCUCUUCGGCGCGCCGCGCGUCGCCACCGUUUCCAAGUCGUCGUGCGCUUGCAAGUCGACGCCCAAGCCGUGCCUCUUUGUACACGGUGUCGGUGAGCGGGCGAGCGCGCCGCUGGCCGAUGCGUAUGCGGGCAACUGGGGCUCGAUCGAGGAGCACGCGCCGUGCUGCUCGAGCAUCAAGUUUGCGCAUUUCGAUACCAACACGCGGAGCUGGACCAACGAGACGCUGCAAGAAGAGUUCUGCGACGCGGCCAAAGUGGUCUCCAACAGCGGCUCGAAGGAGAUCAACAGUCUCCUCCUCGUCACGUACUCGAUGGGCAAUCUCAUUGCCGGCGCGGCCGUCCACAACAACAAGUGCAACUUCGGAAAGGACGUGACGUGGGUCUCGCUCGCCGCGCCCAUGCAAGGCAGCAAAACGUCCAAUGAAAUCGAAAACCAGUGUGCGGGCGGCUCGCUCAAGUGGAUUCUCACCAAGGCCGGCCGCUGCCCGACCACCGAAGGAUACCUCUCGAUCCGGCACCAAUCGACGGUCUCGGCCGAGAUGCAGGCCCAGUUUGCGGCGGCACAGGCGGUGCGAGCGAAGUACGCAGACCGGCUUCUCUGCGGUACAAACGCGUUUGGUAUCACGUCGGGCAAGAGCCUCGAAGUGCUCCUUGUCGGCAAGAUCUCGCACCACGACGACCCGACGUACGACGGGUUUGUUGACUUUUCCAGCUGCUCGCAAGGAUUCGACAAGACCAAGUUUGGCACCGACGCGGCGACCGCGCUGCACUAUGAGCCGAGUAUCAACCACUACGACUCGUCGUUUCUGAACGGCGACGGCUGGUGGGGCGCGGACCGCAAGCCCGUCAAGUGGUUCGAGUGCGCUUUGUAAGCAGCGCUACGCCCAACCUUUCCAUUGUCAAUUUCAACUCGUCCGAUCGCAGGAGCCAAACGAGUACUCUACCU